AUGCCGAGUACCUCGGAGGCGGCGACGUCCGGAGGCGGGAGCGGUGUCCGGAGCUGGGGCGGCUCCGAAUCGCCGGUGGCGGAGAAGAAGCGGUUGCAUCACCGGCGGCGGAAGCGCUACGCUUCGGCGCAGCAGGCGCCCCCGCUGCCUCCCUCGCCCGUGGCGGGCCCGCCGGCCCCUUCGCUGCUGUUCCCGCUGCUGCAGCCCUCGCUCCUGCAGCCGCCGCUGCCGCCGCAGUCCCUGCUGUUCCUGGCGGCCACCGGCGGCGCCGCCUCCUCCUGCUGUGGGGAAGGGGGGGAGCGGAAGCGGCCGCGGGGCAAGCGGCGUUCGGGAUCCCGGCACAAGCGGCGGCGCGGCAGGUUAGGGGGUGCUGGUGGAGGUGGCUCCGGGGCUGGCCUUGCGGCCUCGGAGCGACGCGGGAGCGGGGCGGGCCUGGGGCCGCUGGUGGAGGCGGCGGCUGAGGAGUACGACGACGUAAGCUCCCAGUCGGAGGGGCCGCUGGGCGGCGGGACGGCCGGGGCGGGGAGCGGCGGGGGGAGCCCGGCCUCCUCCGGUGGCGGCGGCGGGAGCCAACAACGCCCGAGCCGCACCGAGGCGGAUCGGAGCAGCCGGCGGCCACGCAGGGAGCACCGCAGCAGCAGUGGGCGCCGCUCCCGCGAGCGGCACCGGGAGCAUCGCCGACGGGGGGAGGACAAAGACAAGGCGCCGCCACAGCAGGAGGGGGCGGCCGCGGUUGCCAGGGGGGGAGCCGAGGCUUCCUCUUCCUCCUCCAAGUCCCGCAGCCGCCACAACCACAGCGGCGGCCAGGACCGAGAGGGUCCUCGAAGCAGCAGCGGCGGCGGCAGCGACGGCCGCAGGAAGGGCUCAGCUGCCUCGCCUAGCAGCAGCAGGAAGGACCGGGAAAGUAAAGCCCACCGGAGCCGGACGAAAGCGGGCAAAGAGCCUCCCUCGGCCUAUAAGGAACCUCCCAAGGCCUACCGUGAGGAAAAGACCGAACCCAGGGCCUACAGGCGGCAACGUUCGUCUCCCAGUCCCUGCCGAGAUGACAGCCCACCUAGCCACAGGGCCUCCCAGAGCCAGCGGAAUCGCAAGUCUCCCAGCCCGCGUUCCCCUCUCAGCCCGUAUCGCCGCCGAUCACCCAGCUACAGCCGGCACAGUUCGUUCGAGCGAGGUGGAGAUGUGUCACCCAGCCCUUACAGCAGUUGGCGCCGCUCUCGCAGCCCCUACAGUCCUGUGAUCAGAAGAUCAGCAAAAUCAAGAAGCAGAAGCCCUUAUUCAUCAAGACAUUCAAGAUCUCGCAGUAGACACAGAUUAUCAAGAUCCAGAAGUCGGCAGUCAAGUAUUUCUCCUAGUACUCUGACUCUAAAAAGUAGCUUGGCUGCAGAGCUGAACAAGAACAAAAAAGCUAGAGCAGCAGAGGCAGCCAAAGCUAAUGCAAAAGCUUCAAACACCUCUACACCUACCAAGGGAAGCACUGAGACAGGGGUGUCUGCAUUGCAAGCAAACAAUGUAAAGGAACUGAAGAAGUUAAAAACUGAACAUACACCUUCCCCUUCAGGUGGUGCAGCCUUGAAAAAUGAUAAGACAAAGACAAAAGUUUCUGUUCAGGAAACGAAGGGGGAAAACAAUUUGAUUGUAGAGAAAGCUGGUAAGCAAAAAGUUGCAGCGGUGAAGGAGACUAAAUCAACUCCUGUGAAACCACCUACACAACCUGUUGUAGUGAAAGAGAAAAGCAAGCCCCACCCACCAAGUGCAGCACCCAAGGAAAAGGAUCGCAGUGUUGCACUAGUAACUUCUACGCUGCCACCCCUACCUUUUCCUCCUAUGCUGCCUGAAGAUAAAGAUACGGAUAGUUUGCAAAGUAGCAUUUCUGUGAAAGCAGUUAAAAAAGAAGUGGAGAAGAAAUUACGCCACUUGCUUGCAGACCUACCACUGCCACCUGAGUUACCUGGAGGAGAUGAUGUAACCAGGAGCCCUGAUGAGAAGAAGACACCAAUACAGGCACAUCAUAAAAAAAGACCGAAAAUAUGUGGACCGCGCCAUGGUGAAACAAAGCAAAAGGAAAUUGACUGGGGGAAACGUUGUGUGGACAAAUUUGAUAUUAUUGGCAUUAUUGGAGAAGGCACUUAUGGGCAAGUUUACAAAGCAAGAGAUAAAGAUACAGGGGAAAUGGUGGCGCUAAAGAAAGUACGGUUAGAUAAUGAGAAAGAAGGAUUUCCAAUUACAGCAAUUCGAGAAAUAAAGAUUCUUCGACAACUUAAUCACCAAAGUAUAAUCAACAUGAAGGAAAUAGUAACAGAUAAGGAAGAUGCUUUAGAUUUCAAGAAGGAUAAAGGAGCUUUUUACCUUGUUUUUGAAUAUAUGGAUCAUGAUCUGAUGGGGCUUCUGGAAUCGGGCUUGGUACAUUUUGAUGAAAGUCAUAUUAAAUCUUUCAUGAGACAGUUGAUGGAAGGUUUGGAUUACUGCCAUAAGAAGAAUUUCUUGCAUAGAGAUAUCAAAUGUUCCAACAUCUUACUCAAUAACAGAGGGCAGAUCAAACUUGCAGAUUUUGGGCUUGCUCGGUUGUAUAGCUCGGAGGAGAGUCGACCAUAUACCAACAAAGUUAUUACUUUAUGGUACCGUCCUCCUGAACUGUUGCUAGGAGAAGAACGAUACACACCUGCUAUUGAUGUCUGGAGCUGUGGAUGCAUACUGGGUGAACUUUUUACUAAAAAACCAAUAUUUCAAGCAAAUCAGGAACUUGCUCAGCUGGAACUGAUAAGUCGUAUAUGUGGAAGUCCUUGUCCUGCAGUAUGGCCUGAUGUGAUCAAAUUGGCUUAUUUCAACACCAUGAAACCAAAGAAGCAGUAUCGACGGAGACUGAGGGAAGAAUUUGCUUUUAUUCCCCCAGCUGCAUUAGACCUUUUUGAUUAUAUGCUUGCUCUGGAUCCCAGUAAACGCUGUACAGCAGAACAGGCACUUCAGUGUGAGUUUCUGCGAGAUGUGGACCCUUCCAAGAUGCCUCCACCAGACCUUCCGCUAUGGCAGGAUUGCCAUGAGCUGUGGAGUAAGAAGCGCAGAAGACAAAAACAGAUGGGCAUGACAGAUGACACAGCUAAAAUUCCAAGGAAGGAUUUAUCGUUAGGGUUGGAUGAUAGCAGAGCCAACACCCCUCAGGGCCUGCAGACAUCUUCUCAACUGAAAAUACAAGGCAAUUCUAACAUGGCACUUGUGAAAGGAGGCAGCAGUCAGUCACUAAAUCAAAAUGAAGUCGCCAUUCUUCUAAACCUGCUCCAGUCUAAAACUAGUAUUAAUAUGGCACAAUUUGCUCAAGUGCUGAACAUUAAGGUGAAUCCUGAGACUGAGCAACAGCUGAAUAAAAUAAGCCUUCCAGCUGGCAUUUUGGAAGCAGGAGAAAAACAGCCUGAACAGCCGCCGCCACCACCACAGCAGCCGCCGCCGCCGCCACCACCACCACAUAAGGCACCACUGCCUCCCUCACCGGAUCAGGAGCCCUUGAAACAAGCAGCGCCCCCUCAGCCUUCUGUACAAACUGUUCCGUUGUCCCAAAAAGCUGACACUGAGGUUACCCAAGCAGCUGUGCAGAGCGCAUUUACUGUUUUGCUUUCUCAGUUAUUAAAGGCUCAGCAACAGAAACAGAAAGAAAUCAUCUUAGAAGAAAAGGAGAAUGGAUCAGGAAAUGAAAUGCCAUUACAUACCAGGCAACCUCCAGAGCCAACUACACCUGCAUCCAGCAACUGGGAAGAUGCAGAAUCCCCAGCAUCCAUUUAUCCCCAUCUUAUCAAAUCACUGUAUGCAUGUGCAGGGCAAGAUGACUUGGUCAGGCAACCUGAGAUGAGACCUCAAACACCAGAAGAACGGCCUCGCAUCUUGCCCCCAGACCAGCGGCCUCCUGAGCCACCAGAACCCCCACCUGUCACUGAAGAAGACCUUGAUUAUCGGACAGCGAAUCAACACUUGUCUUCAGUUAGUAGCUCUUCAGGGAUGGAUCCUCAUGCUGGAGUGAAAGCAGCUCUUCUACAGCUGCUUGCUCAUCACCAGGCUCAGACAGCUGAGAAACCAGCAACAUCUAGUGUGGAUUUCCAGUCAAGGGACUCCUUUGUAGCAGGUCCAGACUACAAGGAGAGUUUUGCAUCUUCUACAUUCGCUUCUGCCCACUACAGCAGUAGUGAUGGAAUAGGAAGUGGCUCAUCUGGGACAUUAGAAAGGGGAAACUUCAUUGGAAAUUCUGAUGUUCAACCUUUGGAGAACUACAAUACUGCUUCAUCUCAUUCUAGUGCUGCCCCUCCACCUCCUGCCUUUUCAGAACCAUUUCAUAGCUCAGUAACUGGUUAUGGAGACAUUUACCUCAACGCUGGUCCCAUGCUAUUUAGUGGUGAUAAGGACCACAGAUUUGAAUAUAGCCAUGGUCCCAUCACAGUUCUGGGUAACAGUGGUGAUACAUCCACAGGGUCUGGGUCUGAAAGUACUCAUACUUUGUCCACAAAGAUGCAGAACUAUAGCUAUGGGAGUAAUUUACAAGAACCUCCUGGCACUGUUGGCCACAUGCAUGGACAAACUUGGACUUCCCCUGCCCAGGGACCUGGAUACUCACAAGGGUACAGGGGACACAUUAGCACAUCAACAGUCAGAGGACGAGGCAGAGGAUUGCCAUAUUGAGCAUCUAUUUUGUUUUUUCCCUCAGGCACAUCAUUUUUACCUGGAAAGACUUUGUAGCUGUGAUUUUGAAGCAGCAAUCCAACAGACUUGAAUAAUGUUAAUUCAACAGCUUUAUUUUUAUGUGGAAAAGGGUCUUGCAUACAAUAGGAAAUUGCUUACAGUUCAUGCUGUUCUGAGAACCAGAUAAUUGAUUGUACAUCUUUGCAAAUUCUAGCUAUAAAUUUUAUAUUUUGGCAGUUUUAAGUCAAUGCUAAAUUUAGGGACAUCAGCUUUUUAUGGCACACUGUCAGAUCUCAACUAUGCACACACUUGUGCUUUUUUGUAAGUUUGGACCAACUUUUAUGUAAAAAAAUUUUACAACAAUCAAAGCAGGGCACUGAUUUAUUUGGUAUUUCUUUUUACAAAACUAUCUUCAGUCAAAAAGUCACUGUCAGUCUUUGCACUGCUUUCAGUGUUAUCUGUGGAAGGUGUUCUUUGUGCUCAUUUCAGACAAUAAAACACAGUCUUUCUUGAUACUACAGUUUUAUACAUAUUUGGGCAUUGAUUUGAAUUACUUUCAAAGUCAUUCUUCUAGUAAAAUAUCCUGUCCAUCUUCUCAGUGUUUGUAUAAAAAAACUGUUUUACUUGAAUGGUAAGUGCCUUAACGAUGUAAGCUUAAGGUCUGAAGAACAUUUCAUUAAAUUCAAGGCUUGUUUGAAGGUACUUUGUAGUUUGAUACAAAGAUUUAAUAUUUACACUACAUAGAUAGUAACUUAUGGACAAAUAGGAUACAUGGCAUUGUUAUGGAUUCUCAUGCUGUUAGAUGAGUCAGAUUAAGAAACACUUAACUUUCUUUUCCUCUAAAUUAUAACCACCCCCACAUCAAAUUAAGUGAAGUAAAAUGAGAAUGUAUGGACAGUAAUGAAGGUAGGUUUCCUUCAAUUUUCUGUAAGAGCUCUUAAAUUCCUUUACCAAAUAAAACUUAGUGUCCUGUUUUAUUCAAAACAGUCUUUUUAUUUAAAAAUGGUGUAGCAUUAUAUCAAUUUACAAGAAUUAGUUUGUGUUAGAAAAGUGACACAUGCUUUUUUCCACGUUAUUGCUGCAGAAUGUAACCAGAGUUACAUAAUCAGCAUUUAAUGCAACAAAAACUUAAAACAGUUGAAAUUUCUGGAAAUGGACUGUGCCAACCAAAUCUGUAUUAAACUAUUCCUCUAACUUGCUACAUGAUUUCAAGCUGUGUUUGAAUAAUUUCACCAUACAUUCAUUCUAAAAGCAAAAAAAAAAGGUUACCUGUAAAUUCAGGCUUUAAAGAGUAUGCUUUUUAGCAGUACAGUUUGUCCUAUGAGAAGGGACUAUGCCCCUCCCCUACAGAGACAGGGCCCAGCCUAUGUUUUCCAUGUACUGAAAUGUUUUAAAAUGACCAUAUUGGAAAAACAGUUCCCAACUGAUUAUCCAGUUGACAAGCUAGUGCACAUGUAGCUAUUUUCUACACAUGUCAUGUUUCUAUUAAGUAAAUUACAAAUGUAGUCUUGUCAGCUGUGACUUGAAUCUUUUAAAAGUGAACCUAUCAUUGCUUCAAUUUUUUGAUCUUGAUUUGAGUGGAUAUUGCAUUUGUAGGGUGUCAAAUUUGUUGGAACUCCCCUGUAAAUACGGCAUUGGUCAUCUUCAGUAUCAUUUAGAGAAUCCUGACUGAAAAUAAAAGCCCUUAAACUGGAAGACAA